UUCCAUUGUAACAUGCUCUCACAGUCCCACUUCUGUCACUUUUUAUCUUUUUCUCUCUAAAAAGCAACAAAAUUUGAAAAAAAAAAAAUCCAAUCUUCUCUCACAAGGUUAUCUCCCUCAGUCCACAAAAUUGAAUUCCAAAGGUAGAAGAAAAAAGAAAACUGAAAAAACUCAGAAACCAUAAAGUAGAACAGUACCAAAAUCCCUUCAAAAAGCCUCUUCACCAACAACCCACAAACCCCAAAAGACCAAACCAGAAAGUUAAGGAAGAAACAAGAGAAAGGGAAAGCAAAGCCAAAGAAGAGUCUAGAGAGAGAGAGAGAGAGAGACAAGGAAAGGACAUCUUCAUUUUCUCUUCAUUCAUGGGCUGUUCUGCUUCAAAACCCGAUACCCUCGACCCCAAGAGUGAUCGCCUUGAAGAAAAUUUUUCUCUAGAGAGCUCUGUGUUUACUUCUUCUUCCUCACCCGUCCCUAGAGCUCUCUCUCUUCAGACCCCACUUGUCCAUCACCCGCCUUCAAGAAAAGGUGAUUCCCACCAUCUUGUGUCUCUCACCUCCACCACUUAUGGCUCUCUUCUCCUUGUUGAACCUGUAAAAUCCAAAUUGAACGGGCAAAAUCCACCUUAUCAGCCCCAUUCACCGCCCAAAUUCGCCAAAAACACUCAUAAAACACAAGCCUCUGCAGACCCUGGUGAGUCUUUUUCACCUGACUCUGUCAUCAACACUUGGGAGCUCAUGGAUGGUCUCGAUGAUGACUUGGAUUUCGAAAUGGGUGAUUCUUUGAAGCCAAAAUCAUCAUUUUCUGACCAUGCUAUACUGUUUUCCUCGAAAUCCAGUUCGUUUCAGCAUCUGGGUUUUGAUGAUUCUGUUAAAAAGCUGCAUGAUUCUUUUAAUUCUAUGAAAUCUGAAGAAAUUGCACUUCAGAACUCAUUUUCACCGUCAAAGCCACUGUGGAAGCAUUUGUCAGAGGAAUCAUUUCUAUCAAAAAUGGAUCCCAAUGUGGUCUCAAGUUACAGGCGUGCAUUAUCAUCUCGGCAGUUGGGCUUCACUAGAGAAUCCACAGGUGCAAGAUCGGUGGGUUCCAGUCCCAUGAAUCCUUCACCAACCCAUAACAAUGGGUUCCUUUUGCAUAAUACAGAGGAUAAAAUUGUUUUGUAUUUUACAAGUUUGAGAGGAAUUAGAAAAACUUAUGAAGACUGCUGCUCAGUUAGGAUGAUUUUCAGGGGUUUUCGAGUUCCAGUGGAUGAAAAGGACAUUUCAAUGGAUGCUUCAUACAGAAAGGAGUUGCAGAGUCUGCUUAAACUGAAAGUAGUUAGCUUGCCGCAAGUGUUUAUCCGGGGGAAGCAUAUUGGUGGAGUGGAAGAGAUCAGGCAGCUGAAUGAAACAGGUGAAUUAGCAAAGCUUUUAGAAGGGUUUCCCGUUAGAGAUCCUAGGUUGGUCUGUGACAGUUGUGGGGAUGCAAGAUUUGUUCCAUGUCCAAAUUGCAAUGGCAGUAGGAAGGUGUUUGAUGAGGAGGAAGAGCAGCUGAGGAGGUGCCUGGAUUGCAAUGAAAAUGGGUUGAUUCGCUGCCCUGGUUGCUGCAGCUCAUGACACUACUAAUUGUGUGAUGCAUAUUAUUUGCUCAAUUUUGGUACUAGCUUCUUCUUGAUCUUGAGGGAAUUCUAAAGACUACUGUUGCUUAAAUCUCACUAUUUUGUGAUUGCUAAUGCUAUUAAGAUAUGUUUAUUUUCUUCUGUUUUACAUGUGGUUAAGCUUUUGGGUAUUGUUGUUCAUUGCCUUUUUGAACAGUUGAAAUAAAAAUGAAAAAUUAAAAAAAAAAAAUCCUUUUUUAUGCUUA